GCUUCGAGCCUUGGAAACCAUUUUGUGACGAUGCUCAUGAUAGCGGCGAUAAUUUGCUCGACUAUAUUCAGCCCAUAGAAACAGCCGAGAGGCAGCAAAGCAUUCGUUUGCUGACUUAACGCUGCUCGCACUUUUCGUGGAAUUUUUUCUUCUCAUAACAUGGCCGGGCCUUCGGGGGCUGCCCCCAAGAAACAAGCCUCACUCCUCGGCUUCUUCACACCAAAGACGGUCAAUGGCCUAAAGAGACCCACAUCCUCACGACCAGGCACAAGUGAAGAGGACGAGGAGCGGACAGCAGAUUCGUCCCCUUCGUCGCGAGAUAACGUCCGAAAACGACCAUUGGAGCAAGAUCCGGACGCUGGCAACACCCGCCGACCAAGGGCGAGCAAGAGGGCAAAGAACGUUGUCAUCGACGAUGAAGACGACGAGCAUGACAAUGACGAUGACGACGACGACUUCAAGCUAGAUGCCGAGGCCGAGGCCGACCCUGAACCAGUAGUAGCUGCUGAUGACACGGCCGGAGUCUCCCAAUCGUCGUCGAUAUCCGCAAGCAGAGCUGGCCGAUACAUCUAUGAUGAAUCCCAACCAAAGGGACAGGCCAAGACCGAUGAAAACGGUGACGCGCUUGAUGCCGCCACUCUCCGAAAGAAACGAGAACUUCAUGACAAGUUCGUCAAGAAGCUUGGCCAUCCCGAUGCAAUGUCCAGGUGGGGGAAUGCCGGGCGGGGAGAACAGGAGACGGGCGCGCAAGAGGAAGAAGAAGAUGGAGAUGCGGCGGAGGAGGAACCGCCCCCUCCACCCAAGGGCAAGAAAAAGGGGGCCAAAUCGGGAAAAUUGACACCCAUGGAACUUCAAUUCCUAGAAAUCAAGAGGAAGCACAUGGAUACGGUCCUUAUCGUCGAAGUCGGUUACAAGUUUCGCUUCUUUGGCGAGGAUGCCCGUAUCGCCGGCAAGGAGCUGAGCAUCGUGUGCAUCCCUGGCAAGUUCCGCUAUGAUGAGCACCCUUCAGAAGCCCACCUCGACCGCUUUGCCUCGGCCAGCAUACCGGUCCAUCGACUGCCCGUCCACGCCAAGAGACUCGUCGCUGCCGGUCACAAGGUUGGCGUAGUGAGACAGAUAGAGACGGCAGCCCUGAAGAAGGCGGGAGAUAAUCGCAACGCACCGUUUGUGCGCAAACUGUGCGAGGUGUAUACCAAGGGCACCUACAUCGACGAGAUGGGCGAGAUGGAUGCUCAAACCGGAGCCUCAGGGGCACACUCAGGGGGUUACCUGCUGUGCCUCACCGAGACAGCGGCAAAGGGAUCCGGGACAGAUGAAAAAGUCGAUGUUGGCCUAGUAGCAGUGCAGCCCGCCACGGGAGACAUCAUCUACGACAGCUUCGAGGACGGCUUCAUGCGGAGCGAGAUAGAGACUCGACUCCUGCACAUUUCGCCCUGCGAGCUGCUUAUCGUGGGCCAGCUCUCCAAAGCUACCGAGAAACUGGUCAAGCACCUUUCAGGUAGCGCCAGCAAUGUCUUUGGCGAUAGGACGAGGGUAGAAAGGGUGGCCAAGGGCAAGACGACACCGGCAGAGGCCUCCUCACAUGUGACCAAGUUCUACGCUGGGAAGCUGAAGGGCAGUACCCAGGACGACCGAGCUGCCGCAUUGCUAGACAAGGUCUUGAAUCUCCCUGAGCCAGUGACUCUCUGCCUCUCUGCCAUGAUCACGCACUUGACAGAGUUUGGUCUAGAGCACAUCUUUGACUUGACAAAAUACUUCCAGUCUUUCAGCACCCGGUCACACAUGUGUAUCAACGGAACAACUCUCGAGAGUCUCGAGGUCUACCGUAAUUCGACCGACCACACCGAAAAAGGUAGCUUGCUGUGGGCUCUCGACAAGACUAGAACAAGGUUUGGUCAGAGAAUGCUGAGGAAAUGGCUGGGUCGGCCCCUCCUGGAUAAAGAGCGUUUGGAUGACAGAGUCGCUGCUGUGGAGGAGCUCUUUGAGAACCGCAACGGCCCACAGGUCGAAAAGCUGCAAAAGCUGCUUUCCAGCAUCAAGACCGAUCUCGAGAGGAGUCUUAUCCGUAUCUUUUACGGCAGGUGCACCAGACCUGAGCUCCUCGCCGUUUUGCAGACCCUCCAGAGGAUAGCGGUCGAGUAUAUCGUUGUGAAGGAGCCCAGCCAGACUGGCUUCAAAUCCAACCUUGUUAGCGAGGCUCUGGCUUCGCUUCCUCGGAUUAGGGAGAUCGUGGUCUCGUAUCUGAACAGGAUAAACCCCGACGCUGCCCGCAAAAACGACAAGUACGAGUUCUUCCGCGACGAGAGUGACGAUACUGGGGAUGACGGCGAGGAUGAGAUCACCACCCAGAAGAUGAGCAUCGCCGCCGUCGAGCAGGAGCUAGAUGCGCAUCGAUCAGACGCAGCUGCUACUCUAGGCCGCAAGAAGGCUGUCGACUACGUGACUGUGGCUGGAAUUGAGUACCUGAUUGAAGUCCCCAACACCGAGAUCCGCAAGGUUCCCGCGUCAUGGGCCAAGAUUAGCGGCACAAAGAAGCUCUCCCGCUUCCACACCCCCGAGGUUGUGCGUCUGAUCGCCGAGCGGGACCAACACAAGGAGGCCCUGGCUGCCGCAUGCGAUGCCGCCUUCAAGGCCAUGCUUGCUUCCAUCGCAGACCAAUACCAGCCCCUGCGGGACGCCGUCUCAUCACUUGCAACCUUGGAUUGUCUGCUUUCGUUUGCACAAGUCGCAGCUCUGCCAGGUUACAGCAAGCCUAUCAUCCUCCCAGACUCGCAUCCACCCACCAUCGCCGUGGCAGGCGGCCGUCACCCGAUCGCAGAACACACCCUCCCAAGCGGCUACAUCCCUUUCAGCACGACGCUCUCCUCGCCAGCGCCCCUAGCCCACCUCGUGACCGGUCCCAACAUGGGCGGCAAGUCGUCCUUUGUCCGUGCCCUGGCCCUGCUCGUCCUCCUGGCCCAGGUCGGCUCCUUCGUGCCCGCCGACUCGCUGCGCCUGACCCUCUCGGACGCCAUCUACACCCGCAUGGGCGCCAGCGACAAUCUCUUCGCCGGCGAGUCCACCUUCAUGGUCGAGGUCGGCGAGACGGCCGCCAUCCUGCGCACCGCCACCCCGCGCUCCCUCGUCCUGCUCGACGAGCUCGGCCGCGGCACCAGCACUCACGACGGCGCCGCCAUCGCCCACGCCGUCCUCGACCACGUCGUCCGCAACACCCGCUGCCUCACCCUCUUCAUCACCCACUACCAGAGCCUCGCCCGCGUCGCAGAGGGCCUGGGCACCGGCCUCGUCCGCAACGUCCACAUGCGUUUCACCUCGUCCCGGGACGAUAACGACGACGGAGACAAAGACCAAGACGAUGACGUGGGUGAAAACAUUACUUUUCUCUACGAGGUCGCCGACGGCGUCGCUCAUCGGUCCUACGGUCUCAACGUUGCCCGUCUCGCUAGGAUCCCUCGCAAGAUACUCGAAGUGGCUGCGCGCAAGUCGCGCAAAAUGGAGGAGGACGUCAGGACGAGGAGGCUCAGGAGUGCUACAAAGCUCCUGGAAGCCGUAUGCAGAGGGGAUGGCUCUGAUGACCAGCUGGAACAUUUGCUGUCUAGUAUUGAACAGCUUUGAGGCGAGGAAAUGUGAAAAUGUCACUGCAAUGUCUUGUACUAUACCUCGUCUUGUAAUAAAUCAAAGUCAUGGACAAUGUCUCUACCAAUUUUAAGCCAGUUACUUUAUUAUAUCGUGAAACUAUGG